UGUGUUGAAGCUUUGACGAAGAGCUAGAGUGUAGAAUAUUCGACAUUCGUCUAACACUAUUUCAGGUGCUCCGAAGCAUGACUGCACCCAGAACACGUCGUCAAAUGCUCGCGACCGUGAAUGGAACUUACGUUAUGAGUGUCUGUAUUCUUAGCUGUGAAGGCUAGAUGCUUGUCUCCUUCCAUCCGAUCAAAACGACUCUUAAUGCUCAAGCUAUCUCCAAGUUUAGAGGACACUUUAGUCUUGCUUUCAUCACAUUCCUCCAUGUCGACACGCUGGACAUUACUGGCACACUGUCCUCUAUGGUACGCUUCGCUGGCGCUAUCGAUGAGAGGGCCCCGGAUUUCGAGGGCAAGCGCCGUACAUAAUCGAAGCCAUCGGUAUCUCCAUCGGAUGUCUCCUUGGAGGCCCUUCCGUCACGGCCUACAUGGGGAGUGGUGCUGGUAUCUCGGAAGGUCCCAAGACCGGUCUUGCCACCAUGGUCGCCGGACUUGUGUUCUUCAUCUCCAUCUUCUCCGCCCCUAUCUUCGCCUCAGCUCCACCAUGAGCCCCAGGCUGUACGCUUGUGAUUGUCGGAUCUCUGAUGACCAAAGCCGCGGCAGAUAUCAACUAGGGAUGCAUCGGUGGUGCCAUUCCGGCGUUCCUGACCACUUUAAUCAUGUUACUGCCCAUGGCUUGAUUGCUGGCAUCGUCUCAUACAUGAUGAUUAAUACCACGGAGUGGCAUUGAAGAGGAUCGGGCUUCGGCUUACUUCUCGCCAGAUAGAAUGACCGAUGAGAAAGAGACUAUCAACCGAGACAACAAUGCCGCCGCUUAGCUGUGAAUGGGUGUAUGUG